GCGAUAUAAAAUUGUAAAAAUAUACACGAUGGCGAAUAAAAUCUCGCAUACGAUCAUAUAAUAAAAUGUUGGAAAAGUUAGGUUAGGUUAGACGAACAAUAUGGUGGAUUUGAGAGAAUGAGAGGUCUUUUUCGUCAAAACUAAGGCGCAUUUUUUAUUAAGGAUAUUGUUUUUUCGGAGUUACAUUGAAUCUCGAUGAGCAUGUUGAAGACUAUUGAAGUAAUCACACGAGUUGGUGAGCAACAUGAAUAAUACAAAUGGUAAUGAAGAUGAGAAUCAAAUGGAAGUAAAGCACAGUGAAAGCAAGAUAUAUGUGAAGCAUGAGAUACUAAAGAAUACCCCGUUCAAAAAUACCAAUGAUGAUGUGCAACGUGCAAUUGAGGGCCUCAGGGAGAUACCGGAUGAAGAAUUACAAGAGUUUCUUGAUGACGAAGACUUUAUGCAAGGAUUGGAUGUCGUUGAUGCAUGGGAAGGAGAUGAAGAGAGAAAUCGCGAGAACGAGCAAGACAAGACAAAUGCUGCGGAACGAAAAGAGAGAAGAUCCUCUAGGGAACGUCAUCGUCCGGAGCCUAAAGGAUCCUACAGUCGUGGGAAGCCGAAGAAAGAAGAGAAGAAACGUGAAGAGAGUCGUCGCGACCCUUUGAAAAGCACGAAGGACAUCGAACGGGACAAGAUGCGAACGAAGAGGGACAACGAAAGCAAACUGCUAGCCGAAAAGGAGAAGGCGAUCAAGCAUCUGCUCGAUUCGGACAACGUGGUCCCACCUGGCACGGAAGCCGAAGCCAUUCAGAGCAUCACCGAGGAGCAGAAUAGGGAACGAGCCCAGCGCGAAGCGCAACGCAGUCGAGAGCAUCGCAGGAGCAAGUCGUUCGAGCGUUAUGACAGACCGAGUCCGGCACGACGCAGAACACCCGACAGACUUCGGUCGAGUCCCCAUCGACGAAGAAGUCCUUACGUGACUCCGGAGCAUCGUAGGAGUCCGUUCAAGAUCAGCGCGGAGAGGCACAGAAGUCCUCCCCGAUACAGUCCGAGCAGACGAAAGAAUUCACCGCGCUAUUUUCCCGACCGAAGAAGUCCCGUCAUGUUAAGUCCGGAUCGUCGAAGGAGUCCUAGACGCUCCAGCGUGGAGAGAAGGUGGAGCACUGAACGAUCGCGAAGAAGACGCGGCGAGUGGAUAGAACGCCGGAGAAGUCGAUCUCGCGAUCGGAGGAGCCGCAGCACGGAACGUCCGAGAAGACGCUCGAGCCGGUCGCCAGUGAGUCGACGAUACAGUCGGCGAAGUCGCACGCGUUCGCGCAGCAGAUCGGUGGAGAAGCGCGCGAGGAAGCGCUCGCCCUUCAUCAACGAGCUGGCGCGGCAGCUCAGGAACGAAGCGAUGAAGCCCGGCGUCAACAGCGGUGGAUACGCGCCGCCCGCGACAAUGGAAGAGAUCGCGCCGCUCCUGAAUCCACCAGCUGCCUACCAACCGGAAGCGGAACCUCGACCGCCGCCGCCGCCGUCGCAGCCGCCGCCGCCGCCGCCGCCGCCGCCACCUCCACCAUCCGUACCAUCUUCGACGUACCUGCAUCAACCGGGACUUCUCCCGCCGCCGCCGUCGUCCAUGCUACCUAUGCCAAGCGGACCGCCGUUCAUGAACUUCGAGCCGAUGCCGCCGAUGAAUUUCGAUCCCAUGCUGCCGCACAAUUUGCCACCGGUCGAAUAUUCCUCCGGGCCGGUCAUGUACAACCAGCCGAACGUCAUCCCGUCUCCUAUCCAGACCCCAGUCAUCCCGCCAUCGCCGAUCUGUCCUCCGGGUUUGCUCCCCACACCGGUACCCUCGCCGCAACCUGUUCCAGCACCGGUGAUGGAUCACACCCAGAUAUCCUACAGUCAGUCGCGUCCGAUGUCCUCUUCCGUUCGACGAUCGCCGCCUCGUCAGUUCGAAUCCACGAGCAAACCUUCGAAUCAUCCCGCAACCGCGUCAUCCUCCUCCACUUCGGCGCAGAAUUAUACGGAAUCGUCGCGUGGCUCGGCGACGACGUACUCCGAAUUUCGUCCUCCGCGCGAGGAACGAAUGAAAACGCCCGAACCGCCGGUCAUCUCCAAACCAAAACAAUUUGAAAAAACCAGCUUAUCCAGUCUGCUGGAAGCGUCUGUUUCAGCCAAAGAUCCAUCUAAUAUACCGGUGCUAUACCCAGGAUUCAAGCCUGAAAUAAUGCGGCACUGCGAACAAGCGCUGUGCCAGCUGCCAUUUGAGGAUCCACGUUUGAAGAUGAAGGGCAGAUUCUUCUACGAUCGCACAGAGGAAGACCCGCAUGCGAAGAACGAGACCGAGGAUCACACGUCGAACUCGAUACUUCUUCAGAAAGGCAAGACCAAGAUAUUCUGGGAGGAGAGCAGCAACGUGGAGCAGCAGACACCGAUCCCGAAGACGACGACUCAGACGCAUCAGAAGAUCUGUCAAACGGACGAGGUGGAACUGGAAACGAAGGCCGUGCAGGCGUCCGUCGUUAUGGUUGACUUCGAGUCGCAGGUCUGUUCGGAAGAUUUUCAGCCCCCGAGGGAGGAGAGGCGACCCAUCAUGGAUCGUCUUGAUUGGAACGUACGGGAGACGUACGAUUAUUCUCCCAGGUUUCGCGAAGUCGAGGAUCUCAGAUUGAGUCUGAAUAACUCGUCGCAGAGACGCUCCUGGAACAGGCAGCCGUCUCCCUCCAGAAGAUCCGAGCACGAGCACGAGCAUCAUGCCGAUCUCAUGGACCAUGGAUCUAGAAGCGUGAGAUUAGAAUCACCUCCUGUUAGGAGUAGAGAUGAUUUUAGUGCCGCUCACAGUGCGCGCGAUCAUUAUGGCAGUCAUAGAUAUUCACCGGAUUAUCACAGGCGUUCUAUGGAGCGCGACGAUUUCCACGACAGAAGGAGCAAUCACAGUCGUGGGGAGAGCCCGAUGGAAUUGGAAGAGUCCGACGAUGAGUUGGAGGAUGGCCACACAUUUCAAAGAGAACACGAUUGGCACGGAAGAGUCUUGAGAGGCAAAAGUCACGCUGUGAGAGGAAAGCAUCCGGGUGGAAAACCGUAUCGAAACUUUCGGGGCAAGUUUUAAGACUAUUCAUUACACUGUAGCAGUGAUGUAUAAACAGCUUCGAUGACUUAUGUUAACAAUAUGCAUAUAUAUAUAUAUAUUGAAAGCUGCGAGGCAUAAUAUUACGUAAAUCUGUUCUGUGAUGCUAUAUUCAUGGAACUUAUUUGAUAUAAAAAAAGUAAAGGAAGAUCAAUGUUUAAGCAUGAAUUCAGAGUAGAAUGUUCAAAAGAGAACUGUAAAAAUAUAUGCUCAAAUAUUUCUGUGUAAGUGUAUUUAACCGUCAAAGGAUUGUGGAAAACUAAUGGAGAACAGUGUUUGGAAAAAAACAUUACAUGGUCAUCUUUUUUUUACGUUACAAACAUUGUUACAAUUAGAAUAAUAUUACAUCUUGUACAAUAUUAAUCUCUCUCGCAACACAUGUACCAUAAUAUUAUAAUAUCCUAUAUUGCGCAGUGAUAAAUACUGUUCGAUUAUUGUCAUUUUUAUUGUAUAUUUAUAUGUGCAAAACUGGCGAUAAUACAAUAAUUUAAUUAAGAGAUUACAUAUAUUCAAUAGAAUAAUACAACACUUAUAAACACAUACACAGGAAACAUGACAUAUGCCAAUGUAAAGAAGAGUGACAAUAGAAAUAAUAAAGAUUAUGAAUGUGUUGUGAAAUUUGCGAA